CAAAAAAACUGUAAGACGUAUAUAUUUUGUUGCAAACAUCGGAAAGUUGCACAUAAACAAGUGAGUUUGUAGUGUUCGUUGCAAAAUGUUUCAUUUACGGCGCAUACCGAGGAGUAUUGUGGCGUGUUCACGAUGGAACUCUUCGCAAGUGGCACCUUUAGUAUCGAUAGACGUGGACAAUGAAGGAAUAGCAACACUGCAGAUGCAGAGACUACCAGUGAACAGUUUAAACCUGGAAUUAUUUCAGGCGAUAAAAGAUUCAGUGAUUGAAGUUGAAAAAAAUAAAUGUAAAGGCUUAGUUUUCGCAUCGGCAAAUCCAACGAUAUUUUCAGCGGGAAUCGACUUAAAUGAGUUACACAAACCAGAUGUAAAACGUUUGACUAAGCUGAAGGAGACUCUUUUUGAUGUCUUCGUGAAAUUGUUUGGGUCCGACGUUAUAACAACAGUUGCGAUCAAUGGUUACGCAGCAGCCGGGGCUUGCAUACUGUGUCUGGCAUUUGAGUACCGCGUAAUGACGACUGGUAAGGCUGUCAUGGGGUUGAAUGACACUGCACUUGGUAUCCCACCAGCUCCAUGGCUGGGUGAGCUGAUGACCCGAGUGAUGGGGCCUAGACACGCGGAGUUUGCUCUCACUAGCUCAUAUAUGUACUCAGCUGAGAAAGCUUUACAGGUGGGUCUGGUGGACGAAGUAGCAGCAGAUAAAGAAGACGCAAUAGAGAAAUGCAAGGCUCACAUACGAUUGUACGAUCAAAUAUCGGUGACAGUCCGAACUUUAGCUAAACGCAACUUCAGACAAGACUACCUAGAUAAAAUCGAACAAAAUAAACAACAAUACACAACAAACUGCGUAAAUACCGUAUCAAGCGCGGAAGUUCAAAAGUUAAUAGACACGUUUGUAGAAAAUUUAAAGAAGAAAAGGUCUGCGAAAUCUAUUAAAGCUGUAUAAGUAGUGGUAUAAGUUAAAGUUUUUUUUUCUCUUCUUUGGCAAACGAGUCUCUAAAACGAUCUUGUCGACUAUACUGCCAGUGUCAAGUUUAAAGUUGAAAAGAUAGUUUACUUAAAAAUAAAGUGGCGCUGAAGUCACAAAAAGACGCGGGACCAAAGUGGUUUACAGUUUCCUCGCGUUAGUGAAUGACAAAGAACGACAAACUAAGAUGAAUGGUAGAAAAAAGUGGGUAGGUAUAUCUACCACAAAUUCUUUUGUUGAUUAAUAAAAAAUAACUGAGAAAAAAGCAAUUUUAAU